GAUUUUGACCAAGUAUGGUGCAGUCACAAAUUUUUUGCAUGGAAAGCCUUUGCUCACCUUGGUGGGUGAUGGCUUCCAUCCUAUGAGUUCUGCCAACCAGUUUAUGAGACCCAUACUAACCUGUAAAUUAUAAUUCUUUAAUAUAACCACCGUUCGUUCUGACAAAACAAAACCCAAACUUAUCCAAAAUCUCUAGUUGAAUAAAAAAAAUGAAAAAAAUAAUUAGGGGUCAUUCCCCAAGUUCUACUUUGGAGUCCAUGUUGACUGCUUGUAAAAAGAGACUUCCACAACUUGGAAAACGCUAUGAAAUGCAAUCAUCCGAACUGGUCUUGCAGAUCACCUCGCAGUUAAAGUGAAAGAAAACAUUUAAAGCAAAAAAGGCGUCUUGUACUCUGUUCGACUAGCCUCGCUCAUGCGGCGAGGUUUUGGAAACUGCCACAACUGUCACGGCGAAGCGGAAUCAGCAGAAAAACAAACUGCCAUGAAAAAUCUAUGGCGACGCAUCGGAAAUCCGUGUCCGCACCCCCUUCGCGCGCGCGCGCGCAUAAAAAGAAAACACAUGCACCAAUCUGCGAGCUUCGGUUUGCAUCUUCUCCCACUCACCACAGCUGCGCUGGGUUGAAGCUCACACACCCGGAUGUGAUCCCAUGCCACAUCAGUUUCCGCCUCCAAGAUCACUAAGGCGUGUGGCACCUUCGUCUCGGUGCCAUGCGAAAGCGGAACGGGAAUUCAAACCAUGUUGGGCUGUCACUGAUUACUGCUCCAAGUUCUAGGGCUUGGACCCAGAAACUGUGGGAAGGUCGCGUUGGGGGUGAGAGAAUGGCGGCAUACUCGUUGCGGAAUGUGACGAGGUUGGUAGCUACGGUGGCGGUGAUGCUCAUGGCGGUGGCCCAUGUCGCUCAUGGGAAGGCAGAAGUGCCGCCCAUCCUGCCCAAGGCGUACCAAGGAAGCGGGAAUGUGCUGCAAGCUCUGUUGAAUCAGUCCUGGCCGGCAGCACAAGGUGUGUCCUCCACAUUAACGUUCUUCGCCCCCCAGAGCUCGGCUAUCAAGAAAUACCCAUGUUUGUUCUCAGAUUCGGAUGCAGUGAGCAAAUCUGUGGCGACCAGCGUGUUGCAAUACCACAUUAUUGCAGGGAGAACAUUUUCGUCCCAGCAGAUUAAGAACCUCGCCCAGAAAGCCGAUUAUAUGGUCACAAUCGCCUUCAAUGGCAAGAAGAUGAACUUUACCAUCGGUGGCAACAAACUCAAUGGCUACUCCAGUAUCAAUGAUCCGGACAUUGGCAGCAAGGAAUACCAAGCCAUCCAUGGUAUCAAAACGGUCCUCCUGCCCCUAGUCUGACUAUUGGUUGCGGACCGCUGUCCCCAUUUGCCAGGCCUGCAAAUCACAGUGACGCAAGUAGACCAUGUGUGUUCGAAACUUAACCCCACUUUUCUGCCUAUCGUGCUUGUGUGAACAAUUUUAUUUUAUUUUAAUGAAAACUUGUGGCCCCAUUUGGACGUUUAAUUCAUGUAGACAACUAAACCUGUCUUUUGUCGAUGGCAUGGAUAGUGCCUCACGAAUUAGCUGGGAGGACGCUGGUGGGUAUCGGCAUUCCAGUUAUGAGCAUACUGGUCAAGUGUUUUGCCCCAAGCCUCUCCACCAGAUGAAUGACCUGAGUUCCCACAGCAUUUGGCCUUCAGCUCUCCGACGAAAUUCAUAACUCACUCUCACUACAUUUGCGCCGGUGAACACAAUUGCUCAGGUUCGUAGGCCAUGAGUGGAUGCCCUAAUCUUUCCAGAAAUCUUAUAUACUUGACAUGGGCACACCCGAGAACACCCUCGGAAGAGUUUUGUUGAGCAAUUGACGAUCAGCAUGGGCCAUCAUUCUGAUACACAAUUGAAACAUCAGUUCAAUGUGUCUCGAUGAAAGCUUCUUCAAACGGUGGUAUUGGAAAUAUACAAAUGCCAAUAUAAUUGGAGAAUUUUCAUAUUAAA